AAACCGGGAAGCCUCGUACGGGACUACUUCCUAAUAGAAACGUGUACGUAUUUUCGACAAACGGAUACAUUAACAUACUGAAAUUCCCUGAGCCUGAGGUAUAUGAUGGGGUGCUAAAUUGUUCCAUUGCCCACAGACGUUCCACAUCGAGGGUGCAAAUCCAUUAAGGCAUAAUCAACAAAGCAUCACCAUUGAUGCAGCACAAUAGGCAAGUCCAAAAUUCUUGCUGGCUGAUUGGUCGAAGCUACUUUUUGCGAUGACGCAUUCCUCAAUUUGUCGGUACAUAUUGAUUGUGGAACUUUUGUAUAGAGGUUUCUGCAGGUCCUAUCACGGAUAGCACAAUCCGCGCUUCAAUGGGAACGAAAAAUGACGAUGAAGGAAAAACCUUUCAUACUUCAACAUGGACCUUAGAAGACAGGCAUUUUCCAAAUGAUGUAGCUCUCCGUAUUGUAUCCAUGCUUAAGGUUCCUGAUCUUUGUGCGUUAGGUUCUUCUUCGGUGUUUUGGAGGCAGUUAUGUGCAUCUGAUUUCAUAUGGGCUUCACUGGCAAAAAAGAGAUGGCCUUGUCUGGACUUAUGCGGCAAUAACGAAGAAAAGAACCUAAACAUGUCUCAAAAUGCAGAAAGUUCUGGCUAUUCUAAACUUGCAGUGCCUUCUCAGGGAUGGCGGGCAUUUUAUAUCAAAUUGCAUGCAGAGAUGGCUGAAAGAGCACACUCGCUAGUUGAGCUAGUGAAACAAAGUGCCCGUUAUGAGUCGCUUGAAGUAGGAGAUUACCAAAGAGCCAUGGAACAUUUGAGUAAAACAAAGAUGGGUUUUAAAGAUGUCCAACUCUAUCUUCUCACAGCCAAGCAUAGUGUUCUUGUGAAUCUCAUUGGUCUGCACUACUGCUUGGCAUGUCUAGGAAUCCAGAGUGAAUAUGUGAAAGAAGCUCUUGCUAAGAACCGAAUUGCAGACAAACAUAUUUGCUUGAGAUGGUGGAGCCUUGGGCAAUGGGUGAAUGGUUUCCGAAGGGGUGAUGAAAUGCACGUGUGCAUAGCACCAUUGAGCAAACUGCUAGAGCCCAAACAAGAGCAAUUUCUGUAUGUUAUUCAACGUGGUGCAAUUCAUGAGGUUUUGCGUGUUCAAAUCUCAGCUGAUUUUAGAUCUAGUGCCUGGGUCGCCAGGGAUAUGCAUUCUCAACGAUGAUCAGUGUAUAUAGGCAUGUAUUACAGUAACAAGUCCGUAAACUAUGAUUGUGAAUAUAAAUAUACGAGUACCUAUAUGUAUAGAUGUUGCCAACACCAGCACCUUUUAUAGCGUGAUUCCAAAUUUUUAAUAGGAUACCUAUAAAUGACAGGUAAUUCCAAAAUCAUUUUCUGUCGCAGUGUAAAGAGUCUGAUUUAGCAUCUUUGAAUAGAUCUUAUUGUCAGGCAAUAUUAUUGUAUAAAGCCAGGCGUAGUGCAGCCAACCAGUGUACAAAUGUAGUCUGGAAGUUAUUAGGGACACUUUCUUUGUAUUUUAUGUUCUCCUUGUAAUAUUUAUGUCAACAUUUAUUGUUAGUUUA